CCCCUCUUUCUCUUUGCAGGAUCUCCCCCGCCCUCUCUCUCUAUUUAAAGGAACUCCCUCAUCCAUACAAUCCAUUUGUGUGUGUGCUUUUUCCAUCUCUCUCUUGUUUCACACCAUCCCACAAGCUACCCUCUCUCUUCAUCUCACAUCAUCAUCCCUCAACUCUCUCUCUCUCUCUCUUCAUGAGUUUCUUAGAUCUUGUGGAGGCCAGGUUGCCUCCAGGAUUCAGGUUUCAUCCAAGAGAUGAUGAACUGGUCAUGGAUUAUCUUUGGAAGAAGAUUGCCUCCUGUCCCUCAAACUCCCCCUCAAUGAUCGAGCUUGAUUUGAACAAAUGUGAGCCUUGGGAUCUUCCAGAUAUAGCAAAAGUAGGGGGAAAGGAGUAUUAUUUUUUUAAUCUUCGUGAUCGAAAGUACGCAACGGGUACGCGGACUAAUCGAGCCACGGUCUCAGGUUAUUGGAAGGCCACAGGAAAGGAUAGACAAGUAUUUGAUAACCAAACAGGCACUCUUGUUGGUAUGAGAAAAACACUGGUAUUUUACCAAGGUAGAGCUCCAAAUGGAACAAAAACAGAUUGGGUUAUGCAUGAAUUUCGACUUGAAGGACCAUCAUCUUCUUCCUUUAGCUUUCCCCAAAUUCCUUUAAAGGAAGAUUGGGUGCUAUGUAGGGUGUUCUACAAAAGCAGGGGAGAGGGUGCAACAUCUAACACAGAACAUGAUGAAUUUCAAACAAUGGUUGGCACCAACCUCAUUUCUGGCCAAACUCCUCUAACUUUAGAUGAGUUUGGCCACUUGCCCUGCUUCUCCACUCCCUCACAAGACAUGAACCAUGGAUUGUCACAUUCUCCCCAAACAGAAGAGAAUUUACACACCAAAAGUCUAGAAAUGGGUACCUUUAAGAAUAUUCUCUCUCAACAUGGGCAACACUUUUCUAGUGAGAGAAACAGUAUAAGAAUCCAUUGGAGCCAUAUUAAGAGAUUUGGUGGUGACCCAAGGAUAGGGUUGCCAAAUUUAGGGGAAGAAAACCUAGCUAUAAACAGAGCUUCUCCAUGUGAUGCACGGCCUAGGGAUGUUUCUUCACCCCUUAGUGAAGAGAGUUACUUGUCAGAAUCAAGUAUGCCACCUAUGUGGGAUAAUUUAUAUUACUAAGUUUUAAAGGUGGUUCAGUAUUUCCCUCCAUUGUAGAUACCAAAUUUUUUACAAUGUCAAGCUUUGUUACAAAGACAUGGAUAUGUGUGUUUACAUUUAUAUCACAUUAAGUUUUAAAUUGGUUUUUCAGAUAUAACACAUCCGUUUAUUAUUUAGUUAGAAAGGGAGUUGGAAUUUGAGGUGAUCUAUUAUUUAGUUAGAAAGGGAGUUGGAAUUUAAGGUGAUUCUUGCAGUACUUUACUUUUAUUGCGAAAUUUCAACCAAAAAAGUUAACAGAAGGUGUCUAAAUUUCUAAAAUACCAUAUCAGAAACUAUAGACGCGCAUGUCCGCGAUACAUAAAAGUGAAGUUGACGACUAUUUUUGGAAGAAGAUGAAGCGGUAUUUACUUAUUUGUAAGCUAUUUUAAUAUAAAGAUAAUUUUGUGUGGUUGUUAUAAAAGAAUAAUGAGAAUGGAGAUGAAUGGGCAUGUAAUUUUCUUUUUUU